CGUAUUUCGUCGUAAUUUCCGGUGUUGCGUAUUUCCGGUUUAGCUAAUUCGUCCAUGCGCCUGAAACGGUGAAUUUUUCAGGCGAACCAGACCGAGUAGAAUUACAGCAGCAAUGUUUAAACUGGAAGGGCUCGGACCCAAAAUGGACCCGGAGGAGAUGAAGAAGAAAAUGCGACAAGAUGUCAUCUUAUCUUUACGAAACUUCCUUAUUUACGUCGCUCUGCUCAGAGCCACACCAUAUGUGUUAAAGAAGCUGGACAGCAUAUGAGCGGAGCAGCUGGUCUCCUCCUCCUCCAUCCAUUCACAGAGAGCUGAUUGCAUCAGAGACAGCAUGGAUCUCCAGAAGCAGGCGGCUGGUUCCAUUACAAAAUCACAGCGGAAAAUUACCAGCAUUUGUCCAUCACUGCAGCGGAGAAACCGGCUCACACACAUUCAGUUUUGUUUCACUUUGUAAACUUUUUUCUUUUUUUUAACUGUUAUUAUUAAAACACCUUGUCACUCUUUGUUUAUACAUGUUUUGUCUUUAAUAGAGUUUCUUCCAGAUGUCAUAAUAAAGUCAAUCCAUGUUUAUGUUGCCAGUGUACAAGUGUUUCUUCAACACCUAAUAUUUGAGAGAUAUACUUAAUACACAACGCAUAUUAGUAGCACUAAUAUGUAUGUAGUAUGAAAUUAUAGAUAACAUACAACUAUUUCUGGCUCUCUCAAGAAAUUACUGCUAUAUUGUUGCUACAAUUAAAAAAAAAAAAAAAAAAACAAGUUUGUGAUCAAACAGAAUGUGCCCGCACUUCCUGAAUCAUACCACGUGGGGGCGCUGCUACGCAAGUGUGCGGACUGAUGAGACUGCAAGUGAUGGAGGCGUCAGCAAUGGACGCUAAACCGGGCUAUUGUGUGUGAGCUCUGUGGCUUACUAACCGCGUAAGGGUGAUGUCGGCUGCAGUUUGAGGUUCUUUUUAGUGAGGAGAGCAUCAGCCGUGCGCACGCGGGAUCCUCCGCGUUCCUCCGUGUUACCGUUGGACCAGGCCCGCCCGUACUCCAGAGCAUCUCUAGAGCAGCCGGUGAAUCAGACAAUAACGCUGCUAAACACUGGAGCUGUGCUGCAAGGGGCUGUUCCCAGCAGAUGAGAUGCGGAUGAGAAGAUAAGCUGUGUUUCUUAUCGAUCGACCGGCUCGAUGGAUUCUCGAUGAUAAUCUGAUAUCCUUAGUGUUUAAUAACCAGCACCAUCGGCCGUGAUGAACUUUCCAAGUCACUUUCAGCAUAUUUUCAAGCAGCUCAACCACCAGCGCCUCCAAGCUCAGCUGUGUGACUGUGUAGUGGUGGUUGGAGGUCAGACCUUUCAGGCUCACCGCUCCAUCCUGGCAGCAUGCAGUUCUCACUUCAGGGCUCUCCUCACCUCCAGCGACACUGCAGAUGAGGCUGGAGGUUCAGGGGCUGACAGGUGUCGAGAUGGUCCCAGUGUGAUAGAGCUCGAUCCAGAGGUGGUGACCCCAGAGUCUUUCUCCACCCUGCUCGAUAUGAUUUACACCUCCACUCUUUCCCUAGGGACCUCCAAUGUGAUGGAUGUGUUACUGGCGGCAUCGCACCUGCACCUCAACGCCGUGGUCAAGGCCUGCAAGAUACACCUGUCCAGGAAAAACUUCCCUGCCUCUGCGCCUAAAGGUUGGAGGUCUGUGCAGCAGCAGGAACAGGAAAGUCCAUCUUCCCAGCUAGCAGGCAGUUCACAGCAACGGGUCACAUCAGGCCUGGAAGAGGACCUCGAUAAAGAGGAAAUGGGAGAGGAGGUGAGUCAGUCUGUUGGGGAUGAAGACUGUGUGGUGAUAGUGGGGCAUAAGAGAAAGCUGCAUGAGGACAGGCUCAGUGACAGGAAGAGAACCUCCAGACUUCCUGGAGAAAACUAUAAGGAGUGUUCACCUACUGUUACCAGGAGCUGUGUGAGCCACGAGGACAGAGGAGAAGCUCUGUUGUCCACAGGUUGCCUGCAGAUAACUGACGCACUCUGGGAAAACCAAGGUGAUGAGGAGGAGAAGAAGUACAAAGCACCCAAGGGAGAGUUAGAGGAAAUCCAGCUGCCGAGCCAGUCGGAUAGCAGCAUAGGAGGUGUGUGGGAGAAGGGUGAAGAUACAGAUGGAGACGGUGUGGUCAAGGUAAAAGUGGGAGAAGAAGAGGGAGACAGGCCACAGAUGCCAGUGAUUGAGGUGAAAAAGGAAAAUCUAAGCUCAUAUUCUCCAGAUUUGUUAACCAGUAAUUCUCCUCCGUCUCCACUGGAAGCCUGCACAGACAAUUUGAAUGCGCAACUCAGUGGUGAGAAGAUGGCUGCAGCCAGCCCAGCAACGUGUAAUGUUGGCUCUUUACAGUCGGAGCUGUGCACAGAUCUUCGCACUGAGGAGCAGAAAGAAACUGGAGAUCUGGAUGAGAACUCUGCGGAUGGUGAGGGCCUGGACAGCCUGUCAGACCUGGCUUUUUCCUGCUUUCUCAAUCCUGGCACUGAAAGUGUCAUGGGAGCUCUGGAAGAAGAUGACAGUCUAGCCAGCCUCACGGCUGCUGCCACAGCUGCUGCCGCUGCCGCCAGCGAAGCUCUUCCAGCUCUGGUAGAUGCAGGUGAGCAGGAUCAAAAGUCAGACGAGGCAAACACCUCUACUGCUCAGUCUUCAGACUCUUCAUCUUCACUUAUUUUUCCGGUCACCUCGGUCCCCUUGCAGCAGCUUCUCCCAACUCAGAGCCCAGGAUUUAGUGACACCAUCAUCCUCCAGCCCACCCAGAACUCUCUAACAGGGUUCCUGAGCACUGUCAGACCACCACUCAGUGUGGGAGCCCCUGUCGUCCAACCCUCGAGGGCAGGGAAAAGCUCAGGAGCAACAACCUUCCGUCGAAUCGCCCCCAAAACGCAACCUGGAUCAGAAUCUGGCACAGAGCUUUCCCAUGGCUCUGGGGGGACGCCGCCGAUCGGCCACCUCUGACACGAGCUUCAGAGGAUGUUCUCUCCAAGUGUAAGAAAGCAGCUGCUGAGGACCACGUGCUGCUGGUGGAAGGGGAGAAAAAAUACGCCUGCAAAAUCUGCUGUAAGACCUUCAUGAACUUGACUGACUGCAAGAAGCAUAUUCGUGUCCACACAGGAGAAAAGCCCUAUCCCUGUCCCAAGUGUGGCAAGCGCUUCAGCCAGUCCUCCCACCUGUAUAAGCACUCGAAGAACACCUGCCUUAACUGGAAAGAUGACCAGUCUUUGGCAGACACUUUGCUCUAAAUAUGGACUGUUAUUUAUUACUAUUCAAUUAAAUUAAAUCCAUAAAAUGUAUCCAAACUGAUGCAAAUACACUGAUGAUGGUUUGUAUUGCUGCUGUGCUUCAAGUUAAUGAGAAUAAAUGAUUCAUUUGGUCAUUUUUA